AUGGAUUACGAUAUCAAAACUCCCGUAGUGAUACCAGGUAAUGUGAUUAAGAGGAAAAGCCUCCCUUCACCAGCAAUUAAAGAAAAGCCAUCUAUAGCAUUCCAAUCCCCGGAUUAUGACCCAACCGAACCACCAGCCUAUAUGAAAGACCCCUAUCCCGAAGAAAAGGACAUCCCCGACACUAUCUUCAUCAAUCCAACUAUAACAUCCACUCCAACUAUCACAUCCGCUCCCUCUACCCCCUCCACCGCCUCCUUUCCCCUCGAUAGAUUAGUCAUCCCGACCAAAACCGAUUCCCUAGCCUCCGGCUUCCCCUACCACCAACGUCUCUGCGAUUACCGGGUCACACACGAUGAAUGGCAUAUCUUCACCAACGAGAUUGUCAAAGCCGCGAGUCUAAGCUUAACAGAAGAUUGGGCCGCCUGGACCGCAGGUAUUUCUACAGGUGUACUUAGUACCGGACUUCUAGUAUUCGGGGGUCCUGUCGCGGGAUAUUAUACGGGACGCUCAGUGCAUAGAAAGAAGGUCCUUGAUAAAGUCAAGGAUGGAUUAAUGCAUGAAGGAAGUCUAAGGUCUACACUUCAUAAAUGGAAUGAGCAGACGUUUCGUGAUAAGGGAUUUCAGGCGUGGUUGGAAUUACCGGUUGUGAAAGGGGAAAUAAAUGGAGAGGAGGAUGAGGAGCAAAAGAAGAAAAAAAAGAGCAGGAAGGAGAGGAAAUUGAAGGAGAAGGAAAGGAGAAGGUUUAGGAUUGUCAUUGUUUCGAAUAAUGCGCCCAUGGGUAUGAUUAUGGGUAAUCAGCAAUCGACUUGGAGUUUGGUACAGACGGACUCGAUACAGCAGAGUGAGAUUGUGGAGGCACCUGAUACUGGAUAUAGACAUCCGGGGGUGGCAGAGCUUGCAUAG